CCGCCCGCUGCCGCGAAGCCCGGCGGAGGCGGAUGCAAUUCCCCGGCUGCCCCUGGCUCCUCGGCGGGGCGGCGGGGCCCGGCCCGCAGCGCGCAGGCACCGACAGCGGCUCCAGUCCCGGCCCCGCUACCGGCCCCGGCGCGGAGGCGGGCGGCAGUGCGGCCCCGCUCCGCUCCGCGCUCUCCCCGCCGCGGCCCGGGCCCAGCCGCCGGGGCCCGGCCCAGCACCGCGGGGCCAUGGCCGAGUGGGCGCCCGCCCAGGUGCAGGAAUGGAAUGUGGAGGCCCCCCACCUGAUGCCGCUGCAGCCACCGCUGCUGCCGGAGCGGGCACACGUACGAGAGGCGCAGCUCCACUCUGCUGAGGCCUCCCUCUGGACCGUGGUGGCCACGGUGCAGGCGAUGGAGAGGAAGAUCGACCUCCUCGCCACCCGCCUGCUCAGCCUGGAGGGUCGGUCCGGCACAGCCGAGAAGAAGCUCCUGGACUGCGAGAAGACAGCCAUGGAGUUUGGGAACCAGCUGGAGAGCAAGUGGGCUGUGCUGGGCACCCUCAUCCAGGAGUACGGGCUGCUCCAGCGGCGCCUGGAGAACGUGGAGAACCUCCUCAAGAAUAGGAACUUCUGGGUGCUGCGGCUGCCCCCUGGCCCCCGGGGCGAGGUCCCCAAGGUGCCGGUGACGUUUGUUGACAUUGCUGUCUACUUCUCCGCGGAGGAGUGGAAGAAUUUGGAGGAGUGGCAGAAAGAGCUGUACAAUAACCUGGUGAAGGAGAACUAUGAGUCUUUGAUCUCCCUGGAUGGUGCCCUCUCCAGAAGUGAGGCACAGCCCCGCAGUGAGCGCCCAGAGGGACCUUGUGUCCCUGAGCAGAGGGACCUGGAGCAGAGGGAGCUGCCAACAGAUGCCUGCGCGGAGUCGCUGAUCUCCACCUCCGACAUCCUGUCCCGGAUCAAACAGGAGGUGGCCUUCGUUGGGGAGCAGCAGUUCACAGAGGAGCGGGCGAUGCCGGCAGACCCCUGUGCAGGUGCAGAUGCCCUGAUCACUGCCCAUGACUUCUUGUCAUGGAUCAAGCAGGAGGAAGAGCCUUGCGUCCGCGAGCCCUGGGAGCUGCCAGAGAGGGAGAUGCUGACAGGCCCUGGUCCUGCUGGUGAUGGGCUGCUGGUGAAGACAGAGGAGCGGUGCCCCCACGCUGAGCCCCCCGAUGACGUGGGUUUGCCGGGCAGCUCUGGGGAACUGCUCUUCCCCAGCACGGGCUUUGGGAACCCUGAGGGACAGGCAACGGUGACACCAGCUCCAGCAGUGGCUCUGCCAGCACAGCACAGACUGGGCAAAGCUCCGGGCUCAGAGCCGGGGCCGGGAGCCGAGGCAGCGGGUCCCACUGCGACACCGGGACCUGCCGAGGAGCGGCCGCACGGCUGCACCGAGUGCGGGAAGAGCUUCAGCGGGAAGAAGAGCCUGCGGAUCCACCAGCGGAGCCAUGCGGCCGAGCGCCCCUACCCCUGCGCUGAGUGCGGCAAGAGCUUCAACUGCCACUCAGGGCUGGUGCGGCACCAGAUGAUCCACCGCGGCGAGCGGCCCUACAAGUGCACCGAGUGUGGCAAGUGCUACAGCCGCAAGGAGCACCUGCAGAACCACCAGCGCCUGCACACGGGCGAGCGGCCCUUUGCCUGUGCCGCCUGCGGCAAGAGCUUCAUCCGCAAGCAGAACCUGCUCAAGCACCAGCGCAUCCACACCGGAGAACGGCCCUACCAGUGCCCGGCCUGCGGACGCAGCUUCCGCUACAAGGAAUCCCUCAAGGAUCACCAGCGGGUCCAUGGGGCCGAGGCGGGGGCCCCCCCGCUGCCACCCUCUGGCAUCAUGCCCCCUGGGGGGAGGACCCAGGCGCCCUGCAUGCCUCCUGUGAGCCAGGCAGGUCCCUCGCACACCGCUCCCCACGCGCACGCCCCACUGUCCGUGGCUGGGCACCCGCCGCGCAGCCAGAGCCCCGCAGGCACAACCAUGUCCUUGGUGGAACGGCGUCCCCGCCCGUCCCUAGCUGUUGGUGAGGAAGAGCCGUCUGUGUCUGGAGGCAGAGCCGCGUGGCCGGCCCCGACGCCGGCCCCGGCCCCGGUUCCCAAAAGGGCUUCUGCUGGGCACGGUGGUCUCUCCCCAGCUCGUGCUCCCGGCCUGCGGCUCAGGGAAGCUGGGCUCAGCUUUGGGCUGCUCGAGGAGAGGGCUGGGGUCCGGACGGGGCUCGGGUGGCGGCGCCUGGUUCUGCCGGGCGCUGGCCCUCUCCUGGCGCAGGUAGCGCAGCUCGUCGCGGAUGUCCGUGAGGACGCCCAGCAGGCGGAACUGGAGCUCGCGGUCGCGGGCCCUCUCCUCUCGCUGGGUGGCCCGCUCCUCCUGCCACAUGGCCAGCUCCUGGUGGUACAGCUGGUCCCACUGCUCCUCCAGGUCCAGCAGGUGAUGGAUGUUAGUCCUCCAGCUCUCCCGGCGGUCCUCCCGCAGGCGGGAGCACCCCAGGCCACGGGGUGGGCCAGGGGCAGCAGGAGCAUCCCCUGGGGGGGAGGCGGAGGAGGGCAGCGACUCCUCGGUCAAGGCGCCGUGCAGCGGGGAGCGGGCCGGGGGCUCCUCCUCUGCCGCUGCCUUCUCCCAGAACCACCACGACUGACCUGGGUCCAAGAUGAUUUCGGGCUCCGAGUCGUGGCUGGCCUGCAAGAAGGUAGAAGCCACCAUCUUCUCCAGGGGCGUGAGACGUGGCUUGUGGAGUGGCCCACCAGCACGGUUCAUGGGCAGGUGCUUCUUGGAGGUGAUCUUCUUCUUGACGUCCAGCCGCAGGUCACGCCACUUGUGCUUGAGGUCGUCAAUGGAGCGCUCGGUAUAGCCCAGGAAGUUGACGCGGCUUUGGAUUUGGGUCCAGAGCUGCUUCCGCCGCACCGGACCAGCGUCUCAGUCUCGUCAUUGGAGAAGUUGGCCUUCCUCUUCCGGCCAGACGCUGGCAUCGCCUGCGAGGCUGCGGCAGAGGUGGAAGGGGCACAAUUGAACCUCGGUCCCCACUCCUCUCUGUCAGCUCCUGGGGGGAACAUGGGGCUGCGGGAGCCCGAGGGAGCCGCGGAGGAGGGAGCCGAAGCAAGAGCCCCCGAGGCAUCCAUGGCAGGGGAGGCUUGGGCCAGGGAGGAUCUAAAGAGCCGCUUCGACACACCACGCGGCACAGGGGCACCUCAUCCCCUUGCCCCGGCUCGAGAGCACCUGGGAGGGGAGAAAAGGAAAGGGCAGCGGUGCCUCCUGCCCAAACCCUCCCACGUGUCCUCACCCAGCCUCCCCGAGGUCCUGGCCAAGGUGAAGCAGGUACCGCCGCAGCGUGGCCAGGCUCCGCCACACCUCCCGCUCCGAGGGGCAGGGCUGCACCGCUGCCAGCUCUCCACCAUCUUCAGCAUCCGCAGUCCCCUCACCCCCAUCCACCAGCUCUCCAUCACGCUCCAACUCCUUGUCCGUCAGCGUGCGGCGCUCCAGCUGCUCCUGGCUGAGCAAGCCACGCGCUGGGGCCUCAGUACUGGCGUCGGGGAAGAAGCUGGCAGCACGGAAGCAGCUGGCAAUGAGCCCAGGGUGCACGUCACCCCAUGCCUGCGCCAGCAUGUGCAGAACAUCCAGGAGUGGCUUUUUGAAGGUGAGGUUGUGGCGCAUCCCAAAGCGAGCCAGUCUGCCACUGCUGGGCUCCGGGUCGGGCUGGCCCAGUGUCUCGGAAAGGUGUUUGGCCUUGAGCUGGAGGAGCGGGCGACUGACAGGCAGAUCUGGGGCUGCGACACCCCAAAGCGCUUGGCCAGCUCAUUCUGUGACACCUUGGGGCCCUCCAGCAUCUCCAGCACCCGUACCUUCUCUGUCAGUGACAACUCCUUCCGCUCCUUCCGGGGUGCUGCCGUUGUCCCCUCUGCCGUCCCCGAGGAGCGGCUGGCACAGGGGGCUGGGCGGCAGGGGCCGCUUGUGGUCCCCAGCACCACCACCUCACCUCGGCCGCACUCAGCACACUCGAGCAGCGGCUCCCCUGGCUGGCACCGGCGGCUCUCGAAGGCAGGGGAGGAGGGCCGGACGGUGGUGCUACCGGUGAUGCCGCUGCACGGCGGCUGGUCACAACUGGCCUGCGCUGGCGUCCCCGCGCCACAGAAAUCCCGCGGUAAGAGACGCGGUCCAGCGGUGACCCCGGAACCGCCCCACGGCCGCCCUCUGCCACCACCCACCAGGCCGGUGCUGCCGCCACCGUGCCGCGGGCCCCGCUCCCGGCCAGGCCAUGACCUGCAGCGCCAGGGCUGGCGGCGGACAGGACCCGCGAGCCUCACCCAAGGCGACGGGGCGCUCGGGGUCCUCCUUCAUGGCACCGGCACCGGCACCGUCCCGGUGUCCCUGCGGCGCCACCUGCCGCCGGCACCGCCGCCACUCCCAGUGUUCACUGCGCUCUCGGCAUGGCUGCUGAGUACCGUCUCUGUUGAGGAGGCGCCGGGCCCGCGCAGCCGUCUGCUCUGCUCCGCUCCGCCCCGUCCCGCUCCGCCCCGUUCCGCCGCUGCCGCCCGCCGCCCUUCGCCGCCCUCCGCCGCCCUCCGCAGGGCCAUGGCCGAGUGGGCCCCCGCUCAGGACCUGGAGUGGGACAUGGAGUCCCAGGAGCUGGCCCUGGAGCAGCCGCUGCCCGUUCCGGAGCAGGGCCCUGCUGCCGAGACCGAGUUGCCGGCCGAUGAGAUCUCCCUAACGCUGGUCGCUGAGAUCCAGGCCGUGGACAGGAAGGUGGAUGCCCAGGCAGCCCAGCUGAUGAACCUGGAGGGGAGGAUGAGGAUGGCAGAAACCAAGCUGAUUGGUUGCGAGAAGACGGCAGUGGAGUUUGGGAACCAGCUGGAGAGCAAGUGGACAGCCUUGGGCACCCUCAUCCAGGAGUAUGGGCAGCUGCAGAAGAGGCUAGAGAAUAUGGAGAACUUGCUGAAGAACAGAAACUUCUGGAUCUUGCGGCUGCCCCCAGGGGCGAAGGGGGAGGUCCCCAAGGUCCCUGUGUCAUUCAACGAUGCUUCCUUUAACUUUUCUGAGGAGGAGUGGAAGAGCUUGAAUGAGUGGCAGAAGGAGCUUUACAGGCAUAUCAUGAAAGGCAACUACGAGGCCGUCAUCUCAAUGGAUGCGGCCAUUUCGAAGCCAGACCUUCUGUCACGGAUUGAGCAAGGAGAGGAUCCCAACGCGGAGGAUCCGGAGGACUCUGAGGGAGGAGAAACCCCUACAGACCCCAGCACUGAGUUUUCCUUUCCUGGUCCUGAUGAUUGCUCGUGGAGUAAAUAUGAAGAGGCUCUGGCUGAAAGCCACGAUGGCUCUGAAGAAGAAGAAGAAGAAGAAGGCAUGGAAGUUCCUUGUACAUAUGAACAGCAGUGUGAUGAGGAAGGUUCCGAAAUCCUUGAGCUUCCUAGCUCCUUGGCAGGAAAGUGGGAAGAGGUUUUCUCAAGCCCAGAGGAGGAGAUAAAGCCAAGCAGCAAGAGCCGGAGCGGAUCAACCUCGCAGCAGAGAACAGGCAACGGGCUGAGGCGCUCCUCUCGCCGCGGGAGAGACUUGGCCAAGAAGGAUGCUCCUGAGGAUGUGGCUUCAGUAGAGGGGCCAUACAUCUGCUGUGAGUGUGGGGAGAGCUUCCUGGACAAGCAGCUGUUUGCCACCCAUCAGAAAGCGCACGCCAGCGAGGAAGCCUGCACUUCCCUGGAGCACGGAGAAGGCUUGAGGCAGAAACCCAAAACAAAAGGCCAGGGGUCUUCCCGCUCCAAACAGUCCAAACGCUCUGAUGGGGAAAAGAGCUCUGGUUUCAAAUACGGCUUUGUCAGGCACCAGGUGAACAACAUGGUGGAGAGACCCUACACCUGCUCCCAGUGCAAGGAGAGCUUCAGCCUGGAAGUGAGCCUGAUCUUGCACCAGAAGCUCCACACAGGGAAGGGUGACGGGCCGCUGACAUGCACCUACUGCGGGAAGGACUUCCGCGACCUCUCCAAAGCCAUCCGCCACCAGCGCAUCCACACAGGGGAGAGGCCAUACCAAUGCACUGAGUGCGGGAAGAGCUUCAUCCGGCGGGACCACCUGCUCAAGCACUGGCGGGUGCACACCGGGGAGACCCCCUACCAGUGCCCUGUCUGUGGGAAGCACUUCCGCUACAAAGAGUCUCUGAAUUGCCACCAGAAAAUCCACUCCCGCACCCCCCGACCCAUGGAGGAUUCGCAGCUCAGGCUGGAGUCGGGCACUCAGACCAGCCUCUUGUGUGUGAAAAAAGAAACUAAGCACCGCGGCCGGCGCGGAGAACCCACAGACCCGAUCCCGGGGCACCCCCCACGUCCCCUUUCCCCCUUCCGCGCGUCGCGGAGCCGAUGGCUGGGCCGGGCCGGCCGGGCCAGUGUAGGCGGGGGGGGCCCCGACGGUGCGCGGCUGCCCGCGCGCGGUGAUGCCGUCGAUGCGACAGGGGGCGCUGCGGUGGCAGCGGGCGCCCCGCUCCGCCCCGCCAGGCGCGGCCCCCGGCGCGGCCCGCGCGCGACGGCGGCGGCCUGCCCGCCCCCUGCCGGCUCGGCGGGGCAGCGGCGGGGCCGGAGCGCCCAGCGCGGAGCGGCGGAGCCGGGACGCGGAGCCGCUGCUCGGUCUCACGUCGCCGCCCCUUCGCCCCCCCCCCGACCUUCGCCCCCGCCUUCCCCGGUCGGGUCGGGCCGGGCCGCGCCCCGCCCCCGCCGCGCCGCCCCGCCGCGCCCCCGCCCCGCCACCGCCCCACCGCGCCGCGCCGCCCCGGGCCCAGCCCGAUGCCCGGCGGCGGGCGGAGGUGAAGGAGCGAGCGGCUGCUGGAACCUCCCGGCCGCGGCCCCCGGGGCCCCGGGCAGGGAACAAAGGGCCAUGGCCGAGGGGGCUCCCGCUCAGGCGCCGGAGCCGGUGCAGCAGCCGUGCUAUUCCUCACCCUUCCGGCCGGUGUCUGGGCAUGAACGCACCUCGGAGCAGGAGACGCAAACAGCUGAGGUGUCCUUGAUGGUGGUGGCGGCAGUGCAGGCGGUGGAGAGGAAGGUGGACUCCCAUUCCACCCGCCUACUUGACCUGGAGGGUCGGACGGGGAUGGCAGAGAAGAAACUGAUUGACUGUGAGAAGACGGCAGCAGAACUGGGGAACCAGCUGGAGAGCAAGUGUGCGGCACUGGGCACCCUCAUCCAGGAGUACGGGCUGCUCCAGCGGCGCCUGGAGAACAUGGAGAACCUCCUGAAGAACAGGAAUUUCUGGAUCCUGCGGCUGCCCCCAGGCAGAAAGGGGGAAGUCCCCAAGGUGCCAGUGACAUUUGACGACGUGUCUGUCUAUUUCAACAACAAGGAAUGGGAGAAGCUGGAGGAGUGGCAGAAGGAGCUGUACAAGAAUGUGAUGAAAGGGAACUAUGAGUCGCUGAUCUCCCUGGACUAUGCAAUUUCCAAACCCGGUGUCUUGUCUCAGAUUGAGCAAGGAGAGGAAUCGCGGGUCAGGAAUGAGCCAGACUUGGAGGAGAGUGAGAUCAUUACUGAUGCCACUGCAGCUGGCAUAAGGGUUGUGAUCAAAACGGAGGAGCUCCUUCCUGAAGACAGCCCUGAAAACCCUGAGCUGCAUGGGAUGUCGGGGCAGUCAGAGGGGAGCUUCCAGAGUCCAGAUGAGGAGGCAGCCUGUGAGAGUCCCUAUGGCUCCGUCUCACCUCCGAGGGACCUCCCGGGAACCAGCCUGGGUGACUCGUCUGAAUACGUAUCUGACUUCAAUGAGAUCCAGAGAGUCAUCGUUCACCAUGGGAGCUGUGCAGAGGACGGGAUCGUGAUCAAGACGGAGGAAGAAGAGGAGGAGGAGGAGGACCCCGACACUCUGGAGCCAUGUGACAUGUUCUCAGGCAGGAGUGAGCCGCCGGCAUUCCCCAGCCACGAGGCUGGGCUGGGCUGUGAGGCACAGUGCAGUUCCAAAACACAGCCCAGGAGCCUGGUGGCCACCCGCGUGAGGAAACCGCCAACGUGCGAGAGGGACUCUGGAGACAUGAAGCCAGCUGUCGCCCAGCAGCGGAACCGGACAAGGGAGAGACCCUACAUUUGCCCCGAGUGCGGGAAGAGUUUCAUGCUCAAGAUCAACUUCAUGAUCCACCAGCGCAACCACCUCAAGGAAGGCUCCUAUGAGUGCCACGAGUGCGACCUCAGCUUCCGCAACAAACAGCAGUUCCUGCUGCACCAGCGCAGCCACACGCGCCGGGGUGUGGAGGUCCCCCGGCGCCCUGAGCACGGUCUCAAGCCUCAGCCACGGGCUCCACCUCCGGGGAAGCCCUACAAGUGCUCUGAGUGCGAGAGCAGCUUCAGCCACAAGUCGAGCCUCAGCAAACACCAGAUCACCCACGUCGGGGAGCGGCCUUUCACCUGUGGCGAGUGCCGGCGGAGCUUCCGCUUGCAGAUUAGCCUCAUCAUGCACCAGAGGAUCCAUGCCGGCAAGAAUGAGAUGGCCUUCCUCUGUCCCCAGUGCGGGAAGAAUUUCACCCGGCCCUCCCACCUCCUGCGGCACCAGCGGACUCACACCGGCGAGCGGCCCUACCAGUGCAGCCAGUGCGAGAAGACCUUCAGCGAGAAGUCCAAGCUCACCAACCAUUACCGCAUCCACACCCGGGAGCGCCCACACGCCUGUGCCGUCUGCGGGAAGGGCUUCAUCCGCAAGCACCACCUCCUGGAGCACCAACGCAUCCACACGGGCGAGCGGCCCUACCACUGCACCGAGUGCGGCAAGAACUUCACCCAGAAGCAUCACCUCCUGGAGCACCAGCGGGCGCACACCGGCGAGCGGCCCUACCCCUGCACCGAGUGCACCAAGUGCUUCCGCUACAAGCAGUCUCUCAAAUACCACCUGAGGACGCACAUGGGAGAGUGAGGGGCUGCUGACGGCUUCCUCUCCCUCCCUUUCUUCCCUCCCUGCCUACUUCCCUCCCUCCAGCCUUCCCCUUCCUUCUCCAUUCAUCUCUCCCUCCUUCCUUCCAUCUCCCUUCCCCCAGCUCAGGGCAUGGACAUCAAGGAAGCUUUGUGUGGUAGCGCCGCUGCUCUGGUGGAGACGGCUAGGCUGAUUGGAAAUAAAUUAAUUAAUUAAAGCAA